GUCCAUCCAGCCGUGCCUCGCCGGUGUGGUGCUCUAGCUUCUUUAGCCUGUCGCGGAGAGUCGCUGGCCCGCGGCCGCUGGGCGUUCGAGGGUCGCCAUGGCUGGUUAUGAAUACGUGAGCUCGGAGCAGCUGGCUGGCUUUGAUAAGUACAAGUACAGUGCGGUGGAUACCAACCCGCUCUCCCUGUAUGUCAUGCAUCCGUUUUGGAACACGAUCGUCAAGAUAUUUCCUACGUGGCUGGCUCCAAAUCUGAUAACCUUUUCUGGCUUUCUGCUGGUUGUAUUCAAUUUCGUACUUAUGGCAUACUUUGAUCCUGACUUUUAUGCUUCAGCACCCGGCCACAGGCACGUCCCCGACUGGGUUUGGAUUGUAGUGGGCAUCCUCAACUUCACGGCCUACACACUCGAUGGUGUGGAUGGAAAGCAAGCCCGAAGAACCAAUUCCAGCACCCCCUUAGGGGAGCUUUUUGACCAUGGCCUGGAUAGCUGGUCGUGUGUGUUCUUUGUUGUAACUGUGUAUUCUAUCUUUGGACGAGGACCGUCUGGUGUCAGUGUUUUUGUUCUUUAUAUCCUGCUGUGGGUAGUUUUGUUUUCUUUCAUCCUAUCCCACUGGGAAAAAUAUAACACAGGAGUUCUUUUCCUGCCAUGGGGAUAUGAUAUUAGCCAGGUGACUAUUUCUUUUGUCUACAUAGUGACUGCGAUUGUGGGAGUUGAGGCCUGGUAUGAACCUUUCCUGUUUAAUUUCUUAUAUAGAGACCUAUUCACUACAAUGAUUAUUGGUUGUGCAUUAUGUGUGACUCUUCCAAUGAGCUUAUCAAAUUUUUUCAGAAGCUAUAAAAAUAACACCUUGAAACACAAUUCAGUCUACGAAGCUAUGGUUCCCCUCUUUUCUCCAUGUUUGCUAUUCAUUUUGUCUACAGUGUGGAUCUUCUGGUCACCUUCAAAUAUUUUAGAGAUACAUCCUAGAGUGUUCUACUUAAUGGUUGGAACAGCCUUUGCCAACAGCACAUGUCAUCUGAUUGUUUGUCAAAUGAGCAGUACCCGGUGCCCAACUUUGAAUUGGCUGCUGCUGCUUCCGCUCUUACUGGUGGUCACGGUGGUAAACUUUGGAGUAACCUCUUACGUUGAGAGCGUUCUCCUGUAUGUGUUAACAACUGUGUUCACUCUGGCCCACAUCCAUUACGGAGUGCGAGUGGUUAAGCAGCUGAGCAACCAUUUUCAGAUUUAUCCCUUCUCAUUGAGGAAGCCAAACUCAGAUUGACUAGGAAUGGAAGAAAAGAAUAUUGGCAUGUAAUCUGCGGAAAGAAGUACUGUAAAUAAGAUGCUUGUAAAUAUUUCAUCCAUCACCAUUGAACUAAACCGAUCUGCUUGACAGACAUGGGAACUCAGUGGAUGUGGUACUCGGACAGCAAAGAUGAUAGAUACUUAUGAUCUGAACUUGGGGGAUUUUGGACCUACUAACUCCAUUCUAUUUUAUCUUAAUUUUUAUAAGAUUUUGUGACAUUUUAGUUAAGCAUAAUGCGGACCAGCAAAAGGUUCCUAGUGAUUUUUGCUUCAUGAGUCCAUAAUUUUUUGGUUCAUACUGAGUUAAAGACACUUUGCUUUUAUUUUUAAGACUCCAAAAUUGGUUUAUGAACUCUGGUAACAUUUAGAAAAUUGCAGUAAGUUUUCAUAUCAGGUACUUAAUAGUAGGUCUUUAGCUGCAGAAGCUGUAGCCCAUAUCUAAUCUAGGGAAGAGAUAAGAGCAAGUCACCUUCAGCAAGAGAUGCCAAAUGAUCAUAGAACAAUAAACAGUUGCCAAAUACUGGUUUCUCUUUCCCAUGGAAAUGCCUUUUGUCCUCACAUGCUAAGAGAGCUAAUAUAUAUAUAUAUAUAUUUAUAUUUAUAUAUAUUUAGAUUCUCUAGUAUUCUGGCUCUCUUUGUUAUGGAACAAAUCUUGAUAAAUAGUUUAAUUUUCUUUUAAAGGAAAUAUCCAAUUGAGAAAUAGUAGAGAAUGGAUUGUAAUUGUAGCAUAUCUGUAGGCAUGUUUCAUUGUUUUAAUGUGGCAUUUUUUCCCCUCUCAGCUGCAAGUUGUUGCGAUUUGGUGCCUGUGAACGCUGAGUAUAUGAAUGCAUGUGAUAGUCCCAGUAUUUUAAUAAUUACUUGUGAGGGCACAGAGAUACCUCCUUCUGAGACUCAUUUGCUUGGGAGUCAGGAAUUUCAUGAACCUCGCUAUGAAUGACAGCUGUGAACCUCUCCACAGACUUAGUUCUCUACGUCAGUUUGUCCUCCCUCUUCCUCCAGUCCUUAUCUGUCUCUGUGGAGGAGGGAAUGCUGCUUUUUGUUCAUAUAGAACAAAGAAGUAGAGAGAAAUUCUCUUUCCCUGGCUUGCCCACAUCCCCACAUGCCUCACUGAGUACGUGCUCCCUUUGAUGACUUGGAGUGAAAUUGGAGGUUUACUGGCAAAUACCCCUUUGCCCCCAUGUGAUUAUUUUAUACAUCUUACCUUUUCAUGAGUGUGGAUAUUUUCUAUUUCUUUUUUACUUUGUCACCUUUUAGUUUGGUGGUGGUGAAAUUUACUUGCUGGUUCUUUUUAUUUUCCACUGAAUGAAGUUUGUGCUUGAAUGAAGAGUGUAUCUUAAACCCUUUUAUUUUGGACGGAUUGCACUUGGAUAAAAUAGGCACCACUGUGUUGAUAUGUAAUUAAAUUCAUAGCUAUUAUUUAUCUAUGAAUGUGACCACCGUUAAGUUUAAUUAUAAUGUAUUUCUUGUUGAAUUUCAUUCAUUCUGCUGCUUUGUAAAAAUAACCGUAAUUGAUACUUUAGUUUUUAAAUUUGUAAAUGCUAAUCAUUGUCAUCCAUGUUAUUAGGAAUGAGGAGCCCAGGAGCUGAUUCAUGGUUAUGUACUCAUAAAGUUGCUUGUAAGGUUGAGGUCUAUUUGGUGACUUUCUCUAAGACAAAAAUAAGCACUGAAAAUAGAUGAGAAAUUGAUGAAAGGAAAAUAUGGGUAGUGAUUCCAUGUUUGUUAAUAAAUUGCCAUCAUGGAGGUCAGAGAAUGAACCAGCUAAGUCAUGGUAAUUAUUAUUUUUUUUUGUAUACUUUGUUCUGUCAAACUGAACUGGAUGAAAUGUUGAUUUGGGUGGGAGUAAAGUUUUGUUUUAAGGUUUCUAAGCUAAUAAUUUUAUUGUUUUGUCAACCUUAUAUACAGAAUGAGAUUAAUUUGUAUUAUAUAAGAAAAGAACUGAUAAAUAUUUAUAAAAUGACAAAUUUGGACCACAGGCUUUCUUCACCUUGUACAGUAUAGUAAAAAAUACCCUUUGGGGCAUACUAUCACAUCCUAUAAUUUGGGGGCUAUUUUACCUCAAUGUGUGUUUUAUUCUCUCUCUGUUGCAUCAAGUUUAUUUGAAAAUUGUUUUCUGCCUACACUUUGUGACAUAUUUCCCUGUGGUGGUAAGGAAUUACGCUAUACUCAGUUUUUUUAUUGACAUCGUUAGAUGAAACCAGAUAAAAGUAAAGCAGAGCAGUUGACUAUUUGUGAAUACUGUGGCCUCUGUUAAUGCACUGCCCACUCUCCUGGGACAGUUGCCAUCUCAAAUGCUUCUCGAAAGCCCUCUGUCAUGUAGGGAUAAAGGUGCCCAAGCAGGACUAAGUCCCUAGUAGCUCUGUGUGUUCAUGUCAUGCCACUUAUUAUAAUACUUCCUAAGUAAAAAGGGUAUUUUUAGGCUUAUGCAUGAUAUUUUGGGAUGAGGCCAACCACAGCCUUUUUCCCAGCAUACACUGAGCUGCCUUUUGGGGAGCAGCACACAUAUUUUCUGUACAUUUCAGAAUAGCGUGCCUUAAUCAGGCUAGAGGUUUGCUUUGUGUUUCUGCUGACCAAAGUUACCUAGACCUGUGAGAAGUUUCUUUUCAGGUUAAGGUAUGAAAAUAUCAUUUCAUGCUUGUCAGAAAAUAAUUUCCCUAUAUUCAAAGGGAGCAAAGGAUAGAAAAUUCUAAAAAUAUCUGUAUAGAGUGUGUUAAAUUCUGCUUUUUAUGAUUCUUGAAUAGUAAUAAUAAUUAUGAACUUAAUGCAUCACAAUUUUAAAUUAUCACUGUGGGAACUGUCUUUCUUCCACUAGUACAGAAUAGGUAUAGUUUAUGGGUUUUAGUUUUAAGGCUCAGAGAGUGACUUCCAACCAAAAAGCAAAACAAUUUUCCUUGACAUUUUAAUGAUAUCAUGAUUCAAAUACUUUUAAUUCUAAUUUAAAAAAUAAAUUUUUGAUUAUGGUCUAGAAUGUUUUACUACUACUACUGACAAAUCUUUUAGUGUGAUAGUUAUUGGGGAGAGGAGUAGAUGUCUAGAGUUGCCCAAAUUCUAAACAGAUACCAAAAGUGUUGAUUAUGGCUUGGAACUUGGGCAAUGGGGAGCAUGCAAAGAAAAACAAAAAGUCAUAUAGUGUCCACUUUCAAAGGAAAAAGUGCUCCCCUUAGCAAGUACUCAAUGUCCUGUGAAUUUGAAAGUCUCCUAAGCUUUCAAUUUCAAACAGUUAGUUUAUUUCAUAGUCAAUCAAAAGUAUUUGGAAUAUGCUUUACUUUCCAAAGUAAAUUUUGAUGCUGUAACAUAAUAAUAAAAAGAUAACCUGAAGGUAUUUGACUAAAAGUCGUCUUCCCUUUAUAUUUCAACUAAAAGCCUUUUGUAGCUCUUCCUCUUCACCAAGGUUUUCUUUUAACUAGCCACCCUCGCUUUGCCGCUCUUAGAUAUUCAGACAAUCUUGAUUACCUUAGAUCUCUUGACUAGUCCAGGAUUGGGAUGUGCCAGAGGGAACAAGGUAAAAAACUGGACUAGAAUUUCUGACUUUGGGUCACCAAAUAAACUAAAAACAGAUAAAGAAACCUUUGAUGGUGCUGAUUCCUGUGCUUAAUGAGAGCAGUCUUUAUCUUGCUUGACCUUAGUUCUGGGCUCGAGUGAGCAUUCUAAGAAAUCUGUGAAAUCAGACUAGAGGUUUCUUUGUCCUAUGAGGUGUCUUUGUAAGGCAGCAUGACCUUUCCUCAACACCCUGUGGGUGAUGAACUUAUUAUCAGUACUAGAACCUUCCAGGAAGAAUUUAAGCUAGUAUGCUGCAUUUGAAGCACAUUAACAUGUGCAUUAAAGUGACAGUUUUAGCAGUAAAAUGGUACUAAGUUAAUCACUGUGACUGAUGAAUACCCUGUACAUUUUAGGAAACAAGUAAAUUUCUGAUUUUCCUUUGUUAAUGAUAUAAUUUGCAUAUUUUACUUUUUGUCUUGGUACAAAUGAUGGGCAGUUAUUUUUGGGUGUUGGGAAAUCAUGCUUGUCUAACUUUUCCAGAGGAAGUGGCAGUAGAUUUGCUUCUUCCUUGCUUGGAGCUAUGGGAAGGGGUUUAAUUGACUAAUUCAUCUCUAGAAUUUCUGGAGUAUAAAAGAAAUGUAACUUUUUAAACUGCAUGCUAGUUAGCUUGCUUUUGCUCUUUAAUAGAAAAUAUGCAAGAGAUAGUUAUCUGAGUUAAUAUUUAGGGUAGCAGAAGAGCUGUUCCGUGUAGCUCUUCUCACAGAUGACCAGAGCAAGGCAAGGCUCGGCACUAGGUCAAACAGGCUGGGUUCCCAGAACUGGAAAGUGAUUUCAGAAUAGUUUGACAAGGGCUUAACUCUGUAGGAAGGUCUAUUUGGACACAUCAGAAGCACUGUCUGGUCUCCCACAGACCAUACAUACUGUCUUUUUCGUAAUACGAUUUGAGAACUGGGCUACAUCAGAGUGAUACUGCUUUUUAAGCACAUGAACUGUACACAGAGUCCCUGCUGCACUGAAACUGGACAGCCCUGGAGUCACAUGAAUGGCUAAAUGCCUUCUGGCUCUUUGUCUAAGUUCUUCUCUUGAGCAGUUUCUAUGGGUAACAGUCAAAAUUAGAAUUGAUUUUGGUUUUUCAUUAAAAGACAAUUUGCCACAAUUUCUUAUUCUAAUGAGUACUUUUGAAUCUCUAAGGAUAAGUUCUUGAUCAGGAACACACUUAGAACUUGAUCUUAUGAAGCAGGUUAUGGGAGGAAUCUUUUAAUUUUGCAAGAUCUAUGAAUGCUGCAUUAUCUAUUUAUUUGAAUCACUGAUAUCAUUCAGUUAUCAGUCUGAAUUUAAUAACUACUAAGACUACCUGUAAUAUUGACCUAGUUGUAUUUGUUUUAUUAGGUCCAGAGCAGCCAUUCAGGAAACAAAAACCAGCUACAUGUAGUGACUUACUCAUUUGCCAAGAAAGACAAAUUCAGUAUUAAUUCCCAAGUUCUUUUUUUUUUUUUAAUAGUUUUCCUCUAGGUGAAGGGGAAAGAAGUAAAUAAUUACUGGAUGUGUAAGCUCUCUGCUGCCCACUUCCUCCCUCUCCCAUGGAAUUUAAUAGGUUAAAUUUGCAGCCAGUUGUAGAAAAAGGGGUUUCUGAGUGAGGUUUAAUGCCCUAAGGCUAAGUACACAUGGCAGGAGUCAUGGUGGAUUGGUUAUUGAGUUGUUCAGCUUGGCCUAGAUGCAGUUUGCUCACUCUAGAAUUCUGAAACAUAAGGUUUUCAUCCCUUCUCAGGUAUCUAGAAACACAAUUGAGCAGCUGGAAUAUGUUUACUAAAGUAGCAUACAUUAGAGAGGAAGAUAAAGAGGAGCACAAACCUUAUUUUCUCUGUCAAGUAGCUUAAUUGGUCUGUCUAGGACUUGCGGUGAUCAUAGUAAAUAAUGUAUUAUUUUAUCUGGUUUCAUGUGGUGUGUGUAUAUACAUAUUUAAUAUGUAUACAUAUACUCUCUUUGCAUAUAUAUGUAUGAUAUAUUCAUAUAUACAUGCAGUCUACUCUUGAUUAUCAGCAAAGUGGUAAGGCCGCCAUUAGACUGUUUCUUCAUGUUGACUUACUCUGCACGUAGCCCCUAACUGAAACCUCUUCCUCAUCUGGAGCCACUAUCUUUCCUACUUCCAGUGUAACUCCGUGCUGAAGAAAGGCCCUUGAAAUCUGUAACUUUCUAUUCCCUUUUACCAGGGAUUGUGUGAGCCAAAAACACAGCUUUUAAGAAAGAUGGCUGCUUCUGCCAGGGUUGAGGUUUCUGGGUCUAAAAGACUACGGGGCCCAUUCUGGCCAGAAGGCAAUGCUGAGAGCAGCUGUGUUCCUGGGCGUGACGGGCGGGGGAACAACCUUACAGAAACUGGCUUCACAACUUGGUCAGAUUCCGUUAACUGGGAUGUUUCAAGUUGUAGACAGUUUGAUGUGCGAACAGAUCACACUAUGCGCUCCACUGUCCUUCCACCUCCUGGGUAUUACUGUUCCCCUUUGCCAGCUCAGAUAAUCAAGACCUGACUGUUUUCUUGCCACCAGAUUCUGGAAGCCUUGUCCUUUCAACUGGAUUUAUGUUUAUUUCUGCUGCUGUGAAACCCAAAAGUAAUACAGUAGGUUUUAUUUUAAAAUUGUUUAAUUCUAUUAUUGAUAAAUAUUUAUUGUAAUAAA